GGGAGGCUUCGCGGUGACCGAGGAGAGAAAGGGACGAGAGAACGAGUAAUGGCGGCCAGUUAGUGUGGGUGACUGAGCUGAGCAGGAGGAGGAGCGCUCCGCGCCUUCGGGCCCUUGUUCUUGGCUCAGCAGCGGCGUCGCUCCCCAGAGCAGAGGCGGUGGAGCCAGCGAGAGCGCCGCCCUUCCCGGGGUGGCUGAAGUGAGGCCAUGGUGAACACCCGAAAGAGCUCCCAAUCUCAACGUCUCUCCGGGAAAGCGGCGGCGACGGUCCGGGGCCCCGCCAGCCAUUUCAUCUCAUCCAGGACCCGCUUGUCUAGGACUAGUGCCAAAGCAGCGGCGGCGGUGGCGGCGGCGGCGGCUGGGCAAGAUGAAGACUCGGUCCGGAGAGAUGAUGGUAGUGAUGGUAGUUUGAGUGAUAGUCACAUAUCUCCUCCAGCCAAACGUACCUUGAAACAUGCUGAUUCUGUAUGCAAAGACAAAUCAAAAUCUCGCAAUACUGGACAGCGAGAGGAAUGGAGUGUCUCAACUGGUCAGUCCCGGUUAACUUCUCAAUCUGGUGCUACUUUACCAAAUGGUCGUAGCUUAUCUCUCAAAAGCUGUUCUCUUCGAGGGGAAAAAAAGGGAGAUGGUGACCAUGCCUGUAUAAAUGGAGGCAGAGAAAUCAGAAAAAGUUGUCGAUCUAGAAAAAACAGAUUUGAAAGUUUGAAUCAGAGUUUACUGUUUGACCAAUUGGUAAACAGUACGGCUGAAGCUGUUCUUCAGGAAAUGGACAAUAUUAAUAUCAGACGGAAUAGGCGAUCGGGUGAAGUGGAACGGUUGCGCAUGUGGACAGAUACAGAAUUUGAAAACAUGGAUAUGUAUUCACGAGUGAAAAGGAGGAGGAAAUCAUUGAGGAGAAAUAGCUAUGGAAUCCAGAACCACCACGAGGUUUCCACAGAAGGUGAAGAAGAAGAAUCUCAAGAAGAAGAUGGGGAUAUUGAAGCAGAGGAGGCAGAGGGAGAAGAAAAUGAUCGUCCGUAUAAUCUCAGACAAAGAAAAACAGUAGAAAGAUAUCAAGCGCCUCCUAUAGUUCCAGCUCACCAGAAGAAAAGGGAAAACACAUUAUUUGACAUUCAUAGAUCUCCUGCAAGAAGAAGCCAUAUCAGGAGAAAGAAACAUGCCAUUCAUAGUAGUGAUACAACCUCUUCAGAUGAAGAACGUUUUGAAAGAAGAAAAUCUAAAAGCAUGGCAAGAGCAAGAAACCGAUGUCUGCCAAUGAAUUUCAGAGCAGAAGAUUUGGCUAGUGGAAUCCUACGUGAACGGGUGAAAGUUGGUGCAAGCUUGGCUGAUGUGGAUCCAAUGACUCUUGACAAAUCGGUGCGUUUUGAUAGUAUAGGUGGGCUGAGCAAUCAUAUUCAUGCACUUAAGGAAAUGGUUAUAUUUCCUCUUCUGUAUCCUGAAAUAUUUGAAAAAUUCAAAAUUCAACCACCAAGGGGCUGUUUGUUUUAUGGUCCUCCUGGAACAGGUAAAACCUUGGUGGCUAGAGCUCUGGCCAAUGAAUGCACCCAUGGGGACAGAAAAGUUGCCUUCUUUAUGAGAAAAGGAGCAGACUGUCUUAGCAAAUGGGUUGGUGAAUCUGAACGGCAGCUUCGACUCCUCUUUGAUCAAGCAUACCUGAUGAGGCCAUCCAUAAUCUUUUUUGAUGAAAUAGAUGGCUUGGCCCCAGUCCGUUCCAGUAGACAAGACCAAAUUCACAGCUCUAUAGUGUCUACAUUGCUUGCACUCAUGGAUGGAUUGGACAACAGAGGUGAAAUAGUUGUCAUUGGUGCUACAAACAGACUUGAUUCUAUAGAUCCAGCACUCAGGAGACCAGGUCGCUUUGACAGGGAAUUUCUUUUUAGCUUGCCUGAUCAAAAGGCAAGAAAGCACAUUUUACAAAUUCAUACCAGGGACUGGAAUCCAAAAUUGUCCAAUCAUUUUUUAGGAGAACUAGCUGAAAAAUGUGUUGGAUACUGUGGCGCUGACAUAAAAGCACUUUGUACUGAAGCUGCCUUGAUUGCCCUGCGACGGCGCUAUCCUCAGAUCUAUGCGAGCAGUCAAAAAUUACAGCUUGAUGUUUCUUCAAUAGUUCUCAGUGCACAAGACUUCUAUCAUGCAAUGCAGAAUAUCGUGCCUGCUUCUCAACGUGCUGUAACAUCAUCAGGGCAUGCUCUAUCUCCCAUCAUAAGGCCAUUGUUGGAAAGAACCUUCAAUGAAAUCCUGGCUGUUUUACAUAAAGUAUUUCCUCAUGCUGAAUUCAGUCAGGGUGACAAAAGAGAAGAUGCACCAAAUCUAAUUUUGGAUGAUAGUGAAGAUGAAAAUGCUUCAUCAAUCUUUGAAACAAGUUGCCAGCCGGGAUCACCAAAGAAACAAUUACCAGCUGCUGUACAUAAACCUUACCUUCAUUAUACAAUGUCAGCUUAUCACCAGCCCACCUCUUACAGGCCAAGAUUACUACUUUCCGGAGAAAGGGAUUCAGGUCAGACUUCACACCUUGCUCCAGCUUUAUUACACUCUCUUGAAAAAAUUGCUGUACACAGAUUAGAUCUGCCAGCACUUUAUUCGGUCAGUGCCAAAACGCCUGAAGAAUCAUGUGCACAGAUAUUUCGUGAAGCAAGAAGAACCCUACCAAGUAUUGUUUACAUGCCUCAUAUUGGUGAUUGGUGGGAAGCUGUCAGUGAAACUGUGAGAGCAACUUUUCUAACUUUGCUGCAAGAUAUACCAUCAUUCUCACCAAUAUUUCUACUCUCUACCUCUGAAACAAUGUAUAGUGAAUUGCCUGAAGAGGUGAAGUGUAUCUUUAAAAUUCAGUAUGAAGAGGUUUUUUAUAUUCAAAGACCUAGCAAAGAAGACAGGCGCAAAUUUUUCCAAGAGCUGGUUCUCAAUCAAGCAUCAAUGCCUCCUCCAAGGAGAAAACACACAGCUCUUUCUGAUAUGGAGGUCCUUCCUCUUGCAUUGCCACCUCCUACCCGCCAGCUAUCAGAGGCAGAAAAGCAGCGAAUGGAAGACCAGGAAGAAAACACAUUGAGAGAGCUGCGGUUGUUUCUCAGGGAUGUUACCAAGAGGCUGGCUACAGACAAACGCUUUAACAUCUUCAGCAAACCGGUGGAUAUUGAAGAGGUUUCAGAUUAUCUUGAAGUGAUCAAAGAGCCAAUGGAUCUGUCUACAAUAAUAAGUAAAAUUGAUAAACACAACUAUUUAAGUGCAAAGGACUUUCUAAUAGACAUAGAUCUCAUCUGCAGCAAUGCUUUGGAAUAUAAUCCUGACAAAGAUCCUGGAGAUAAAAUUAUUAGACACAGAGCCUGUACUCUGAAGGAUACUGCACAUGCUAUCAUUGCUGCUGAAUUGGACCCAGAAUUCAAUAAAAUGUGUGAAGAAAUUAAGGAAGCAAGAAAAAAAAGAGGCUUAUCAGUUAUAGCAGAGCAAACAAAUCCUCAUGGUUCCACUGUGCACAAAACAGAAACCAGAGUUGAAGAGGCAUUCCUGAACCGGCAAAAAAAUGCAAUGACAGUUUGGCACAAUUCUGCAAACAAAUGUGCGUUUCGAUUGAGGAGGAAAUCAAGGCGACGUUCACAGUGGGGGAAAGGCAUUAUUAAAAAGAGAAAAGUGAAUAAUUUGAAAAAAGAUGAAGAUGAUGCCAAGUUUGCAGAUGAUGAAAAUCAAGGGGAGGAUAGUAAACUCCUGGAAAAUGGGGAGCUUGAAGGAAGCAUAGACUGCACUGAGGAGAACGGAGAGGAAACAGGAGAUCUUUCUCUAACAAAUGAUGAGUCAUCUUGCGAUGUCAUGGAUAUACAUGGAGAACAAAGACUUGAUAAUGGGACAGUUGGGAAAGAAAAUAGCAUUCCAUCUACAGAAGAGAGCUCCAACGAAUCCCUGCUAGUAAAUAACAAGGUUAUGAUGAAUGUAGAAAAGUGCUCUAAGGAGGAGUCAGAUUCCCAGAGGGACCAUUUAAAUGGUGAGGCCUCUGAAGGGACACCUCUCCCACCAUGUCAGUAUAACAAAUGUGAAUCGUUGAAUGCCAGUCUCAUUGCUGACAUGUCUACACCCAAGCAAAUGGCAACAACUGAUGACCACCAAAAGAAAAAAUCAGAAGCUUCAAAUUAUAGUCCAGAAGUAGAACACAUACUACAGUCUGGUAGUGAGAUUUCACAGUGCAGCAAUAAUGAAAAGAAAUCGCCAAGCACAGAUAUGGAAAUUAAAGAAACUGAAUCAGAUAAAGAAGGUACAUUGAAAAAUAAGAAACUUCGUAAAAUUGCUUUGACACAGGUUCCAGAGGAGCAGUUAGACCCUGUACCUCCUGUACUCGUUGACCAUGUCAGGCUAAUGAAUUUACUUGACUUAUUGGUUAAGAAAAGUGACAACUUGACAGUUGACCAGCUUGAGAGGCUAUACUCUCUCCUUAAUCAGUGCAUCUAUCGGCAUCGUAAAGAUUAUGACAAGUCGCAGCUUGUACAAGUAAGUUUGUACCGUUUACUGUUUUUAGAAUAUGCUCCAAGUGAUUCAUCUGAUCUUUUCUGUGUCAAGGCAAGCCCAGCUAGUUGUCUCUUGGAGAGGUUCUUGCUAACAGUAAAACCAAUUUUAUUUUAUAUAGUGUUUAGACUGUACUUUACUUUGUUUAAAAGAAGGUUUUGACUCAUUUUUGUUUUGUAUUCAGUGCUUGCUUUUAUUGUAUUAGUGUUGUUAAACACCUUGAGGUCUGUUGCAAAAGAAGAAUAAGAUUUAAGCAAUGAGUAGUUACCAAUUUUUAAAUUUUAUUUUAUUGGUGAUUAGAACCAAUUUGAUAGCAUAAAAUAUUAUAAUGAAAUUGAUUUUUGAAAUGUUCUUCUGUAGCAAAAUUAAUUUAGCUUUUAAUUCCAUUAUGAUUAUUGAAAGAUGGAUCCAUAAUUGAUUGAUAAUGGUCUACUUUUCCUGAGGUAGAAUGGUGUUGGUGUGAUUUCUGAAGAUUAAACAUGUACCUAUGAAGUGGUUUUGUGGAAUAGAGUAUUAAAUGAAUUAAACAAAAUAUCUCAUUGCAUGCUUUGUGAAAUGUACUUUAUGAGAAAGUUUCUCUUAGAAUACUAAGAGGAAAAUGUAAAGAUUGCCACUUACUUUACCAUUUAAUUUAUCAUUCAAGGAGCUGAAGACAAAGCCAGACAAAAUGUAGUUUUUAUUAAUGCCAGGAUGCUCUGGUCUGAGUAAAGUUUAUCCGUCUCACAGUUCAAAUUGUCCCUUAGUUUUGGCACUACUAUGAAGAGCAUGUAAGUUCUUGGAAACUGAGAGAGAUUUAAAUCUCUUCCUUGAGAUUUCUGUACAGAAAUGAUGUUGUUUAACAUUACUCUGAAUAGUGGUGAAUAAUCAGUAAUCUUGUUUCCUUCCAGGAGAUGGAAAGAACAGUUGAUAUGUUUGAAACAUUCCUGUGAACUUUUCAAGGUGUGCGGGUUUGUCUUUUCAUUGGCUGCUUGUGGGAGAGCAGUCUUCUGAGCCAUUCGCUUUCCACUUGCACCAAGUAUAUGCAGAGCCUUGGUCUUAACACGCUCGCUCUUGGUCUCACGUUCUGUUAUGAAUUUGGUGCUAUUGUCUCAGGUAACUGAAACCAGCCAGCCUACAAGAACCAAACAGAACUUCAUAAUAUUUGUAUCUUGAUAUAAAUAAAGAAUAUAAUGCCACAACACAGAGAUUUUUGGUGCUACAGAAACUGCUUUCAUUUCUGCUGUCUACAUGUGUUAUCUUAUGAGAAGUUUCAGGCAAAACGGAGCAGGCUGACAAACACCCGCAAACAGAAUAGAGCAGAUCUAACUGAUUAUUUAAGUGGGCAAUUUCUAAGAUCUUUUUUCCUUUCCUUUUUUUAUUCUCUGAGGUAAUGGACAGAAGCCUGUUUUUAAAGCUGGCAGUGAAAAAUUGUGGUACAAAGGAAUUGACUUUGGUAUACAAUAAUGUGAAGAUGAGGCUCUUUAGAGCUGCCUUCAAUGUGCCUUUUUAGUCGGUGGUGGUGGUAGAGAAGGAGGAGGGGGAAGCUCUUAAAAUAGUUGGGAUUGUAGCCAAUGACAGAGUUAGUUAUUUUCAAAAGCCUGUGUUCCCAAAGAACAGUUUCAGGUUCCCGCA